ACUACGCUGGGUGUUGACUAGGACUUCUUCAAGUAUGGUUUCCCUGGGACUCUUUGAGUUAGUGCUGCUCAUAAUCGUGCAAGCCAGCAGAAGUGCAGGUGUUGAUUUUCGCUUUGCUUCAUACAUUGACAAUUACAUGGUGCUGCAGAAGGAGCCUUCAGGGGCCGUGAUCUGGGGCUUUGGUACACCUGGGGCCACAGUGACAGUGACCUUGUGCCAAGGUCAGGAAACCAUCAUGAAGAAAGUGACCAGUGUGAAAGCGUCCUUCAACACCUGGACGGUGGUGCUGGACCCUAUGAGGCCUGGGGGACCUUUUGAAGUGAUGGCACAGCAGACUUUGGGGACAAUGAAUUUUACCCUGAGAGUUCAUGAUGUGUUAUUUGGAGAUGUCUGGCUUUGCAGUGGACAGAGUAACAUGCAGAUGACCACGUUACAGAUCUUCAAUGCCUCGAAGGAGUUGUCUGACACCGCUGCCUACCAGUCUGUGCGCAUCUUCUCUGUCUCCCCCACCCAGGCGACAGAAGAGCUGGAGGACCUCGCUAAGGUUGACCUGUCAUGGUCCAAGCCCACUGCAGGAAACUUGGGCCAUGGAAAUUUCACUUACAUGUCAGCAGUGUGCUGGCUCUUUGGCCGUUACCUGUACGAUACUCUGCAGUAUCCCAUUGGGCUGCUCUCCUCCACUUGGGGUGGGACACCCAUUGAGGUCUGGGCAUCUAAAAGAUCACUGAAAGCUUGUGGAGUUCCUAAUACAAGGAACGGAAGUGUUCCUGUUGACUCUAUGGCCGGACCAGUAGCCCAUUCUGUCCUCUGGAAUGCCAUGAUCCAUCCACUGCAAAACAUGACUUUAAAAGGAGUGGUGUGGUACCAGGGAGAGGCCAAUGCAAAUUAUAACAGGGACCUGUAUGCCUGCAUGUUCCCUGCACUCAUUGCAGAUUGGCGCCAGACCUUCCACUACGGCUCCCAGGGCCAGACAGAGCAUUUCUUCCCAUUUGGAUUUGUCCAGCUGUCUUCAUACGUGUUGAUGAACUCAUCAGAUUAUGGAUUUCCUGAGAUACGCUGGCAUCAAACAGCAGAUUUUGGCUAUGUCCCCAACCUGAAGAUGCCCAAUACUUUCAUGGCUGUCACUAUGGAUCUCUGUGAUAGGGACUCACCUUUUGGCAGCAUCCAUCCCCGAGAUAAACAGACCGUGGCCUAUCGACUGCACUUGGGGGCUCGAGCUGUAGCUUAUGGUGAGAAAAAUUUGACCUUUCAAGGACCACUACCUAAGAAGAUAAAGCUCUUGGCUCAAAAGAGGCUGCUCAGCCUCAAGUAUGACCAGGAAAUCCAGGUGCAAAGACAAGAUAACAAGACAUUUGAGAUCUUCUGUUGCAAUGACCAUCAGUGCAAAUGGCUUCCGGCUCCCAUGAACACUUUCUCCACCCAGACCCUGAUCUUGGAUAUCAGGGUCUGUCUUGGCACUGUGGUUGCUGCUGUUCGCUAUGCCUGGACCACAUGGCCCUGUGAAUAUAAGCAAUGCUCUGUUUACCACCCCAGCAGUAUCUUGCCAGCUCCUCCCUUUAUUGCUGUUACACAUCAAGUCCCUAGACUUAGGGCAGGAGUAUCUGAGGACAUCUGGAGUAAUACCAGCUCUCUUAUACAAGGGCGAGUCCUUUAGAUUUGGGUAUUUAGGAACUUAAAAUGAUGACAGCUGUUGCUUUUAAGGGCAACUAAUAGACACCUCAUUGAAUAGCUUCUAACUAGCAUAUGCUAACUGUAUUCUGAGACGAGCACUGCCUAGCAGACACUUUGAAAUGCUCGUAUUUGUCCCCAAGUUAGUCC